AAUGUAUGAAUAAUCAUAGAGACAAGAACUAAUUCAAUUCAGGAAUUAUGUUAGAUAGAUAACUACAGCUAAAAUAAACAAUACAUAAGAAAAGUCUACAAAUAUCAAGAAUUCAACUCAAUAAUUAUAGUUUAUUUUGAAAAGCACUCAACUAAAAUAAAGUGUUUAAGCACCUAUUAACACUUAUUAAAAUAUCAAAACCAGUUAUGAACAAUCUUAUAUAUAAAGAUCUUAAUCUUAACCAUUUAUUUCAUUUGAUGCUAAUUGUUGGAAAGAAAACUAAAACUCUUUUAGUAAAAAUUAAAAUCAAGGUUAUGUUCGUGUUUCUGAUUUAAUUAGAAUUAGCAAUGGAUUAAAUCAAAUGUCUAAAAAAGAAAUUCAUGAGAUAACUUCAAAGUAUUUUUUAUAUUUAUCUAUUUAGUUAUUUACAUUCACUACAUGAAUUGGAUUAGACUCUUAGCACUUUACUUAAAAGAAUAGAUUGA